GUUUAUAACGUGCAGCCUUCAGGUGACAGCGGAUUGUGCCGGAGCUCCCGGUUCACCUCAACGAUCAUUUCUGCUUAAAGUGGAAUAGCUCCAAAACUGACAGAUCCAGCAUCCGGACACAAAGUUUGGCUCGCUCCAGCCCACAGUGGGAUGUAAGCGGACAAACCAUCCUGUUUCCAUCUGUCUCUUCAUUUCUGAGAAGGUUCAGCAGAGAUGACGGCCAUUUUCGCUGCAGUCCUGCAGGCAAACGGUGGAAUCAGGACCGUGGGGAUGCAGGCGGUUCAGAUGCUGAUGGUGUGUCUCCUCCACCUGCUGUUGCUGCAGCCUGCAGGUGCCAAAGUCUGGAGCCAGACUGGACCCCGGCUCCAGAUCUCUUACUCAGACCUGAUGAACGGUUCAGCGAUCUUUUGGAAGGGUGGGGUCGGUGGUGGUUACCAGGCUUUGCUAUUGGAUGAGGAUCAAGGCUGGUUACUGGUUGGAGGGAGAGACCACAUCUACCUGCUGACACCCGAUCAUUUGGAUCGGCCCACGCAUGUGAUCUACUGGCCGGCAGCCAGAGAGAACGUGGAGCACUGCAGGCUGGCCGGAAAAAGCCUGGAGGCCGACUGUGCCAACUUUGUGCGGCUGCUGCAGCCCUUCAAUAAGACGCACAUUUAUGCUUGUGGCACCGGCGCCUUCCAUCCACAGUGUAACUACCUGCACUUAGGCCACAGCAAAGAGGCUCUGCUGUUCAUGUUGUCUCACACGGCAGAGUCAGGCAGAGGGAAAUGUCCCUUCAGCCCCAGGGAACCUUUCACCGCACGGCUGACAGAUGGUCAGUUGUAUGCUGGCACUUCUGUCGAUUUUAUGGGAGCGAAUGCUGCGAUUUUCCGCACGCUGAUCCAAGGCAGCAGUCAGCAUUACAUCCGCACUGAAGCCUACGAUCACAACUGGCUUAACGAGCCGGAAUUCAUCGGCUCCUUCUCCAUCCCUGACACUCACAGUCCAGACGACGACAAAGUCUACUUCUUCUUCAAGGAGAAGGCGGUGGAGGCCGGAGAGUGGGACAAGAGGGUGUACAGCCGCGUGGCUCGAGUCUGUAAGAAUGACAUAGGAGGGAAGAGGAGUCUGAUCAACCGUUGGACCACCUUCCUGAAGGCCCGACUGGUUUGUUCUGUUCCUGGUCCCUCUGGAGUUGACACCCACUUUGACGAGCUAGAGGACAUCUUUGUUCUGGAGAUGAAGGAUCCUCAAAAUCCAACCAUCUACGGAGUCUUCAGCACUUCCAGUUCUAUAUUUCGUGGGUCAGCGGUUUGUGUCUAUUCCAUGGCGUCCAUCCGGGCCGUGUUCAACGGGCCGUUUGCCCACAAAGAGGGACCAGACUAUCGCUGGGUGGAGUACAAGGGCCGCAUUCCAUACCCGAGGCCUGGCACUUGUCCCAGUGAGACCUAUGACCCUCUGCACAAGUCCACGAGGGACUUCCCCGACGAGGUGGUGAGCUUCAUGCGGCAGCACCAGCUGAUGUGGGAACCCGUCAUGCCUCUGGGCGGUAAACCCGUCCUAACCCGAGUCAACGCACCCUACAUGCUAAAGAAGGUGGUCGUGGACAGAGUGGAUGCCGGGGAUGGGCCGUAUGACGUGUUCCACCUGGGCACAGAUGAUGGGAAGGUGGUGAAAGCCGUGUCGGUCAUCAAAGACAACUGGGACAUGGAGGAGAUCCUUCUGGAGGAGAUCACUGUCUUCCAGAGUCCCACUCCCAUCCUGAGUAUGGAGCUGUCCACAAAAAGACAACAGCUCUACGUGUCCAGUGAGCUGGGUGUGGUCCAGCUGAGUCUCCAGAGGUGCGAGUUAUACGGCGCUGACUGUGCUGAAUGUUGCCUGGCCCGGGACCCCUACUGCUCCUGGGAUGGACAAACCUGCUCCAGAUUCUUCCCCACCAGCAGGAGGCGUGCACGGAGACAGGAUGUAAAGUAUGGCGACCCCUGGAGUCAGUGUCCAAUGCCAGACGACGGUUCGGACUCUGUGGAGGUGAAGGUGGUGUACGUUGUAGAGGGAAACUCCACCUUCCUGGAGUGUUCUGCUCACUCGUCACAGGCGUCCAUCAGGUGGACGGUGCAGCAGUCAGAGAGUCGGCAGCAAACUGAGCUGUCUCAGAGUGACAACAGCCACUCCAUCCAUAUGAACCGAGGGUUGCUGGUUCAACACCUGGAGUUGGCUGACACAGGACUCUACACCUGCACCAGCCACGAGCACUCGUACAGCCAGGUCCGAGCCCGAUACCGUCUUCACAUCAUCCCCGAGCACAGCCUUCAACAGAAGUCCAGUGCAAACCGCCCAUCCUCAGGACCUACAGUAGGGUUAGGGGGUCCACCGCAUCCACUGCCCCAGCUUCCAGGACACAGGAACUCCUGGCUGGCCCAGAACCCUCAGCUUGCCCUGAGGAACUACAAAGACCUACACACGGUUGGGACCAAUAGCCUGAGUGUAGACGAGUACUGUGAGCAGCUGUGGGUCCGUGAGAAACGCCGGCAGCAGAAACUCCGUGCCCUGAAACUGAAACAGGAGAACAGGAAGGCCCGAGUGAGGAGGAACAACCCUCCUGAGAUUCCCUACUAAUAACCCCCCCCCCCCCCCAAAAAAAAAACAACAGACCGCAGCCGAUCGUGGACAAGUCGCCUUUUCAACAAACAUGUUUCUGCUAAAAGAUGGACAGCAGAUUUGAAAAAAGAUUCCUCAGCUGAAAAAUGUCAUCAAACAUGAAAAAGGCAGAUUUGGGCAAAAUGGCAGCAUGGAGGAAAAUUCAACACUUUACAAGCACAAAUAUUCCAGGAAGGUGGUUGUGCAGCACAUAUUGACGUGUCCAUAGUUGUUGGUGACAGUUUGAAAUAUGGUGCACUGUAAAACAAACUCCAAAUUUUUAAGCUAAUAACACAAAAUUAAGUUGUCAGCAACGUGCAUUAAAAGCAUCGAACAAACGAUUUUCCAUCAACUAACUUUGGUCAAAAAUGACAUUUAUUCAUGCAAGUUAUAUGACAUACUGUUAAAAAACAGUAUCCGUAAAAGACAUU